AUGAAUUUCAAAUCAACAACAUUACCAAAUAUGAAUACAAACGAUUCUUUAUUAACAAGUACAAUGGUUAUUCGAAAAUUUAAUAUUCUUACAUCAGUUCAACAUGCUCGUACUCAAUUUCUAAAAACAAUUCGAAAUAAACAAUCAAAAACACCACCAGUACCAUCACGUUAUGUACAACCAACAAUAAUUAAUAAUAAUAAAACAGAAUUAAAAUUAUUAACUAAUAAGAAGGAUACGAUUCAAUUAACAAUUGAUAAUAAAAAAGAAGAUAUUAUUCUUCCUCUUAUUAAUAAUACAAUAGAAACUAAGCAACAAUCAGAUUUAGAAGAAUUAAAUAAUAAAAAAAAACUACUUGAUCGAAGUGAAUCCUUGAAUGAUACAAUUACUAGUAAUCAGAGUACAAUAAAAGAUACUACUAUCACUCCUGGAUUAAUAAUAAAUCGUAACAAUCGUGGCAAAAUGAAUAAAAUAGAAGUUCAAACAAAAGAAAACGCUGGAAAACCAAUCGAAAAUCAAGAAACAUUGAAUUUAUUAGUCAAAAUAAAAGAUAGUGCUAAUGCAGUAUCUAUUGGUCCAAUGCCAUUAUCUUUACAAGCUUGUCGUUUUGAAUUACCAUCUGAUUUAAAAAUACUUGAAACAAUAACACCACUUAAAUAUCUUACUAAUUAUUGUUCUUUAUCAUCACGUCGACAAUAUCAAUUUAAACGUUUAUUUAAUAAAUAUCGUAAUAGAUAUCAUCUAUUUGAAUUAUCCGAUUUAUAUUUAUCAAUACUUUCUAUACAUAAAGAAAAUUUUACACGUCAACAAUAUAAUUAUCUUUGUCAAUUAAUUGAUUUAAUUAAUAAUCAAGAAUAUGAAUUUAAAUUUGAUACAUAUGCUGGUAUAUUAGCAUUAUGUGAACGAAUUUUAUAUUAUUCAUCAAAAUUAUAUAAUGAUCAAACUGAUUUAUAUUCAACAAAACAUGCAAUAGAAAAAUGUGAUUUUUAUAGUUUAGAUAGAAAACUUGCUGGAUUAAAUAUUAGUGAUGCUAUGAAACGAUUGUUAUAUGCACUUUAA